CAGGGCCCCGCCGGCACCGGGACCGAACGGCUCCGGCCUCCCGCCACCGCCGCCGCUUCCGGGUAGGCAGCGGCCCGCCGGUCGCGUGACCGCGCCACGUGACCGCCCGGCGCACAUGGCGGCGGAGGGCGGGUGGCGCCCAGCGGGCGGGGGAAGGCGGCGGCGGCGGCGCCGGGAGGAGGAGGAGGCGGAAGGCGGUGCGGUGCUGCGGAGGCUCCGGGAGGCGCGGAACGAUCUGCUAAGUUCCGGUUUCUGGGCGGCGAGCGCUGGAGCCGUGCGGGCCCCGCUGGGUGACACCACCGAGCCGCCCGCCCGCUGCGUCUGCUACGGCCUGGGGCGGUUCAGCUGCUGCCCCGCCGCACGGCACCAGUUGGCCUUUCUGCUGCUGCUGCUGGAGGAGCUGGGGGUGCCGCCGAGCCGGUGCUCCGUGUUCGACCCCGCGUUCUCGGCCCAGGAGGCGGCCACGCUGGCGGAGCUGGGGCUGCGGCUGCUCCCGGACAACGAGGAGGGGAAACAUGGCAUUGAGGGAUCGGCCACGCUGUUUUACAUGGUGCACUGCGGGAAAGCCCUGUACAACAACCUCCUCUGGAGGAACUGGUCCGCAGGAGCACUGUCCAAGAUGGUCAUCAUCGGGAACAGCUUUAAAGGAAUCGAGGAAAGAUUAUUGUCAAGAAUAUUGGAGAGAGAUUAUUCUUACAUAGCAAAGGUCUUGAAAGGGACAGAGGAAGUGGCACUCCCAGCCCACCCUCAGUACCUCGACACCUUUAACGACACCUCCGUCCACUGGUUUCCCUUGCAAAAACUGGAGGAACUCUCCCCUGAGGUCUGGGACUUUGUGGAGGAGCCGACGUACGAAGAAUGUGAGAUCAUCAGAAAGGAGGACGGGGCUGACCAGUGCAGUCCCGCUGCCAUCGAGUCCUGACCGCUCCCUCUUUUCUCAUGGCAGCUUCUGUGCAGCCGAGAUGAAGCUCAAGUACUGACAGUGUCAUCGUGCUCUGCCAGAAGUGACAGCACUCGAACACUGAGCAUGAUGGGACAUUUUUGUAUCUUAAUUAUUUAAUAAAAAGUAAAGCUGUGCUUUGACUUUAAAUACAGUGAACAAAUUUAACUAUAACCUGCCUUUUAAGCCAUCUGUACUGCACCAUCCGUCUUUUGAUCCCCUUCCCUUUCAUGCACAAUUCAAAGCCUUUGCAUGUACUGCACACAUUUUGAAGCAUCAGGAAGGGGGAAUUAUUUGAGAGGGGUGUGUAGUUGACAAUACUGGUGUCUAGUUCCAAAUGCAGGCUUAGAAAAGCUUUCUCACAGGCUUCAGCUGUCCAGUGCUACUGAAAGCGGCUCUUUAGCUGUUCUUCUGUGAAGAAUCGGGUC